AUGAUCUUAGACCUUCCUGGUUCUGAUACGCAUUCGAAAGAUUUGUUCACGGCAGAACGAAAUAUCGAGUAUCCUGCCGAUAUAGAGGACCAACCAACGCGAAUAUGUCGUGAAGGUGGUGGUCCAGGUGAUUCCCGGACGAGGAGGCGGACUACCAAAGAACAUCUGGCCAACCUUGAGAUUGCCUUUGCCUACCCCUACCGAUCUGUAACAAAAUUGCUUAAUUACAAAGCCACUUACAAGCACAAGCUUAAUAAGUGGAAGGUUCGUGUAAUUGACUACUUUAGGAAGUCUCCAGAGAGGUUGUUGGAGCAGCAAGCUUGUGAUAACACUGGUGUUUCUACUUCCGCCACUGCUCGGUCAUCAAGUGGAACUACGAGUGGGGCCCCUCGUCACGACGACCAAGAAGGCAUGACUCGCCGAAAGCUUGACCUUGCAGCUCUUUCUUACGGCACAGAUCCUGUUCCUAAAGCAGCUACUAUGACCAUUCGGCCGGCUGACCAAAGAGUCUUGGUUCCAAAACAGUCCGUACAGACUUCCAAGGAAGUUCCUUCUCCUACUCCACAUAGUACAACACAUACUGAAGAACUGAGGGGCUCCAAGAGGAAAAGGAGUAAAGGAAAGGACGUUGUAGAGGGCUCUGACGAGCAAACUUUGGCGGAGGAGUGGCUGUCUCCCUUAGAGUAUAAAAGUCGGCCUAUCAUUGUGGCUGACAGCGUGACAGAUUCUUGUGAUUUGGCAUUCCAUCUGUCCAAGACAUUACUCCUACCCUUGGACAUGGUCAAGUGUAAUGUAGAUUCUGAAUCUCUAAUCAAAGGAUCUAUUCAAAUGGUGACCGCAUUGGCACAGCGGCUUCAUGUUCUGGAGCAGCGUCGCCUGGAGCAAGUAACAGACUUCAACUGAACUAUGCAGUUAUUAUCUGACGCCGACCUUGCUCUGAAGUCAGCCGAAGCAGAACGGAUAAAAGCCGAAGAGGAGGCUGCCACUGCUAGGGUGUCAGCCAUUGCCAAGGAGAAAACGUUGUUGGAGACUGAGAAAAUUGCUAUGGUGGCUCUAGCUGCCAACAAAGAGGUCGAACAGAGAAAGCUGAAGUGGAGGCCGAGCUGGAGGCAAUGAAGGCCAACCAAGCUAAACUUAUUGAAGAGGCCAUCCAGAAGGGUUGGGAUUAGGCUGAAGCAGAUUAUGCCCAACAAAUGCUGGAACUGAGGGAUGGCUUAUUUGCCAAGGGUUGGACAAGGGACCUUCGUGCUAUUGGAACUGAGGAGACUUCUGCUUUCUUCAAGGACAUCCCUGUUCCAUCUAAGACUGUUACUGCAAGGGCUACUAAAGUAAAUGAGACGUUAGUGGCUGAGACUUCGGAGGCCACCCUUUCUGUUUCCUCUCUUUGGGGUUGUUUGGGGUGUCCUAAAUAAGUGCACUUUUUGUCUUUUUGGACUAAA